CUGGCGAUCGGGCAACCCAAUGCGCUCGAUCGCAAGACCCACGAGCUGGAUUUGCCGAUCUCGCGAGGCUGGAUUCUUGACCUAGAAACAGAGCACCUGGCGAUUAGGGCGAGAAGCUCCAACUCCAUGGCGGAGCUGGAGAUGGUGACGUUCACGAUCAUAGUGGACGACAUUGUUUACCCGGAUGGGCGAACAGCGAUGGCGCUGCUUGGCGGUGGAGGUCCACAAACUGCAUUUGGAGCACAAGUGUGGACUCCUCAAGACAAGAGAAUCGGUUUAGCAGCUGGGAUUGGAUCGGAUUUUCCUGGAGCUUGUCGAGAAUGGCUCGAGAAUAUGGGAAUCGACACCUCUGGACUUUUGGAAUGGGUGUCUCCAACUCUUCGAGCUUGGCAGAUCUUGGAGGAAGAUGGCCGAAGAACACAGGUUUGGAGAGUCAAUAUGGGAGAUGAUGUCUGGGACAUGCUCAAAACCCCAAUCGAGAGACUCCCACCUCCAUACCAGACAGCCAAAACAUACCACAUCGGAGUGCAUCCCAGCGGCAGGGACGUGGAUUUUAUUCACUCUCUACGAUCUACUGGUGCUCAAGUUGUGAGUGUUGAGGUUUACACGCAUGCUCUAGAAAUUCUCACACGCUCAGAACUCAAGGCUCUCGUUUCUGCGGGGCACAUUUUCUCCCCAAACGAGAAAGAGGCAGCCUCGCUGGUUGGCCCGGGAUCAUCCAUGGAACUCAUAGGCAGGCUUGCGGAGCUCGGUGCCGAGGUGGUGGUGUUAAGACGAGGACACUUGGGCUGUCUAGCUCACAGGGCUGAUAGCGGUGAGACAUGGGAAGUCCCCGCAUUUCACAGUGUGUUGAAGCAAAAACAGGAAGUAGAAUACAACGAACAACACGAUCACGUCGCCAGUAACUCGAGGGUUGUGGACCCGACUGGCUGUGGCAACACAUUUUGCGGUGGAUUUUUGAUUGGGUGGCGGAAGACGAGGGAUUUGCUCAAAGCUGCUGUUUGGGGAAGCGUUUCCGCAAGCUUCAUGAUAGAGCACGAAGGAAUUCCCCCUCCUCCGAUGGUUCAGUGGAGGAGCCAGGCACAAUCCAGAGCUCAAUUUCUUACUCUGCAGGCUAAAAAACUUAACUAAUACUUUAAUUGAAUUCCAUUUAAGACA